AUGGUUACCAAAUUUCUCGGUCUCGCCGCUGGGCUCCUCGCACUGAGCGGGCUUGCCAAUGCCCAUGGCUCGCAUUCAAGUGACCAAGCUCCCUCCGACGAUUGGGCCACGCGCCACAUGAUGGAGGAACACCACAUCGAAUCCUUUGAUCCUCCCUCGUUCUUCAUUCUUCACGACUACGACUCCUCGGGACAGUGGACCCACGAUGAAGUACGCAAGACAUAUGGCUUGAAUGACCAAUCCAAUGCGGGUGUUAGUGAAGACAAGAAACAAGACGCUGUGCGCACUGUAUUCGCGCUGUUUGACCCCGGCAACACGGGAUUUAUCACCAAAGAGGAUUGGCUGGAGGGCUUUGCUGCGGGUAAGCGGUUGCCCGACCUGGGCUUCGGUCCCGGACACCAUGGCGACAUUGAGUAUGAGUACGAGAUCCACCACUUUGAGAAGUUCCACGGAGACGAUACCACCGAGGCGGACUUGACUCAUCCCGAAGACAUUGAGCAUUUCAAACAGCACGAUGAAGAGGAAGAUGCCGCUCUUCGACUUGAGAAGCUGGAGCAAAUGCAGGUGGUUGUGGGCAAUAUUCCUCAGAAGUUCCGACGAAACAUGUAG